CGUAACCAAAUGAGCUACCAACGCUGAAAUACAGGCCUACCCCCCCUCUCCCUCCAGCACCCCGUCUUCAGACCGAGGAAUCUCCCAGCGCGUCUCCAUCUCUGCAGGGCAAGAGUCAUCAGGGCUGAUGGGUGGAAGCUGCCGUUCUGGUCUGUUCUGGGAUGGUUUGACCCGACAAUGUAUUGGUUGUCAGGAGGACUGCAAGCAACCACAAGUCCACGCCAGUUGCGCCAGUUACUGUGAGUCUGCACAUUGUAAAGCACGGGAUGGGCACUACUACGACAUGCUGCUGAAGAAAUGUGUGAGGUGCGCUGAGGUUUGUGGCGGACAUCCGGCAGAGUGCUCCCAGCACUGCCACACUCCAACACCCCAUGUGACCACCAAAACACUCCUGGUUCAAGUUACCCCACACGCACCCAAUCCCAGAGGGCUCCUUGUGCCGACGGCCUCGGAGGACUCCACCAUCGUGCUCUACUCCUUGCUGGCCCUGAGCAUGAUGCUGCUGUGCUCCAGCUUGUCUCUAGCCUUUGUGGUCUUAAUGAGGCGAGCAAGGGCCAAAACUUCCAAUCCAGGACCAAAGGGGGCCAACCUCCAACAGCCGGGCCAAGACGUCGGCCAUUCAGAGACGAGUUCCAAAGAGCUAGUGACGCAUGAGCACACCACAGACCAGGAGCCCCCAUAUGACGCCAGCCCCACUGAGACCUGCGCGUGUGUCCACUGUUUCCCCGACCUGAAGUCUCUAGGCCAGGGCAACGACAGGCCACCAGCAGCACCCUUCUCAUUCUACCAGCAGGCCGUCCUCCACGAACCCCCUUUCCAACAUCGAGGGCCUCUGUGGACCGAGGAGAACCUGUGCACCUGUGGGCUGGAGGUACAGGAGGAGGCUGUAUGAAGUGAGGCUCAUUCAAAGUCUCACAGGACAACGACACAUGUGUCCUCAGCUCACAGGAGAAGAUCGUUGGCGGUUCUCAAUCACAGUGAAAAAGAACUGAAAAUGGGAGAUUGAGUUGACUUGCUAAGAUGUUGUUCUGUCCUUAAUGAUGAGGGUCCAUGUGUGACCACGGGCCCUGAGCGAAGAACUGAUGAAGAUUGGACUGAAGCUUUGCCUCACAUGGCCCUCCUUGGUGUUAAAGAGGGUUCACUUCACACAGACCGCUGCUCACCACGUACGCAUGCAGCACUGCAGUCACGGUUUCACUGAAUCAACGCGCCAGAGGUUACUGACCCCCAACGAGAUGAUCACAAGAGAUACUUUCAGAAACCAGAUUGCAGGAAGGAGGCUCUCUCUGUCUCUCUAUACAUGUAUGUUGAUUUUCCACCUGAACCAGUAAAACACCACAAAGUUGUACUGAGGAGAAGGAUUUCUCUGUUAAGGUUUCAAGUUGAAAUGUGUAUGUGCAAGUACUGUCCCAUGUUAUGUUUAAAUGUGUGUGUGUGUGUGUAUGCGUGCG